GUGCCCCAUUGCCUCCCAGUGGGCCCUGCGAGCACCCCGAGCCGACGAUGUUUUUUUCCAGCCCUGCCUUCAGAACGGCAUCAAUAUCUACAAGGUCAGUGGCGACAACUGCGACAUGGACGCAAUCCUCGUCGACGGUGACACUGGGUGCGAGCAGUGCGUCGAAUUUGUCUUCCUGGAGCUUCCUGGGAUGAUGUUCAAGGCGGUGGUGGAGGCCAUGAACAAUGGCACGAUGGACUCCCUGUUCGACGGCGGCAGCGUGCCGAUGACGGUGGCGAAGGAUCCGCCACAGGGCUCGAUGGGCCUGCGCCUUCUGGAGUCCAUGUCCUUCGGGCACGAGCUCUACGUGAAGGUGUGCGCGCUGACCUCCAGCGACGUCAUCAAGGAGUUCGGCAAGUCCCCCAAGACGCUGAACAUCAGGGGCGUCCAGAUUACCCAGAGGAAGCUCAAGUACCCGACGUUGAAGAUCUUCCAUAAGAGCAGCGUGGGGUCGCAGCUGAAAAGUUGCAAAGGCGGGGCGAAGCAGUUGUUUGAUGGGCAGGCGGAGUUGCUGCUCGGGGCGAUUGGCGGCCAGGGCAGCUCCAACAGCGCUGCUGAGGAUGACAGCCAGUUCACUCUCAACUUCGGCGCCAUGUCCAACAUCCCGAUCUUCGCUGCUAUCAAGGAGCGCCGCGACGCGCUGAACGAGAAGGCGAAGAGGCGCUACGGCAAGGCAAAGUCGGGCCUGGUGGAUGACGAGGCCCUGGAUGGCGAUGGGGAUGAGGAAGGUGAAGAGGCUGGCGGUGACAGCGCUGGCAGGUGGAGGACUGGUGGAGCCUCGAGCGAGACGGUGGGGGUAGUCGGUGGCAGUGACGAUGAUCCCGAGCGCACCCCCGCGCCGCGCCUUGAGGGUGGGGCAGGGUCCGCCAAGGGCACCCCCGCCAAGCGGUUCCCGUCUGCGUCCCCGACGCCGUCCAUGCAGCUCAGGGGCGCAAAGGCCACGAAGCUUACUGCGGAUGACGACGUGCUCAACCCGCACAUCUGCGGGACAGUCGACUACUGGGUGGUCGAGCUGAGGUUCGAGCGGGCCUUCAACGAGUCCAAGAAUGGGCGCGCGGAAAACCAGGCGAAGAUUCUGCAUGGCAAGCUCUCGGGGGGCGAGCGCAAGAACUUGGCGAUCCACAUGGAGUUGUACACGAAGGCGAAGAAGUUCGCCCCCUCCACGUGCAAGUCGGAGACAGACGAGGACCUUAGGAAGGACUGGGCUGAUCUGAAGAAGGCUGGCGCAACGCUCACGCCCAUCGCCUUGAGGGGGCUUGCCAAGAGGAGCGUUGACAUGCUUUGGACGACUAUCUCGGACGCGGAGAGCAGCGAGUCUACGAAGAGGGCCCACUUCCAGAAGUUCUUCCAGGCGUGCUCUGAUACUAGCGACGUCGUCGAACUUUUCCAGGACUGGGUGUUCAACCGCGCCCUCAGCGAAGUGCUCGGUGCAGGUGACGCCGCAGUUCAGGACGUGGCGAUCUUCGUUGAUGACGCCUUGAAGUUUUGGGACCUCCUCCCAGAAGACGCUGUCCUGGCAGAUGAUGCUGCGGAGAGCCUUCUCCAGGCAACCACGGUGGCUCGCGCGGUGCAGGCGCUGCGAUCGAACACGCUGGCGCAGGACACCAGCUUGGAUCUCUUCGACCAGCUCGAUUUCAUCAAGGCCGAGGCGGCGCGCACCACGGGUAACCAGAGCGUCAUGAGGAUCGUGGGCCAGGCGAUGUUGACGAGCAGCGGUGAGUUCUGGCAGAAGGAGAUCGACUGGGCCAACGACCAUUCCAAGGCCAUCAAGGAGCAUGGGGGACACUUGCAGUCCGCGCACGCGAGGCUGAUCGCGCUCACGGUGAGCGCGCCGCCCACCAAGGCGAAUGAUGAGUUCAUGCUGAGUGUUGCGAAGGAGAUCCCCUACUGGGAGGCGAGGAUCUACGAGGGCGUGUCCGACGACGUCAGGUGCGCGCUGCUCGAGAAGGCGGUCAAGGCUUGCGACGUGCUGAUAACAUCGGAAUGCUCGACGUUCGCGGUAGGCGCCCCUCAGGAUAGCCAGGAGAAGCCAGCUGCUGUCCUGCACGUGUUCAAGGAUCUCUUCAAGGAAAUGUCGCUCCUCUUCCCAGCGAACGAGGGGGUUGAGAAGGCAGCGCAGGGUAUCCACGCCAAGCUCUUGGACAUGGACUUGGCGUCCAAGCACGACCUCGUCAUGUCGGCGUUUUCCGAGUGGGCCCCUAACCCUGAGAAGACGCGUCGCCUCCGCGAUGCGCUUCACGAUUGUCGUGCCAAGGAGCUGCCAGAUGACGUCCGCGAGCCGUGCUACACGUUAUUCCAGAGCGUCGUCAGGGGUUCGAUCGAAGACAACCAGGCCGGCUUUUUGCAGCAUUCAGACGGGUCCUUCUACGACACCAUGGAGACGCUCGCCCCCCACGUGCCUGCCGCCCACGCCGACUCGUGCGCCAAGGUUUCGCACAUGGUGAGCGCUACGUGGAGGGCCAUGGUCGCGUAUCAGAGCCUCGCGAACGCAACGGACCCCCCUGUGGAGGGCACGCCUCAGGACUCGGCGACCUUGGAGCGCCUGGCGAAGGAGCUCGUCAGGGCCAUCCAGAAGCAGAAGCAGAACAUGAAGGCCCCCUUGCUCGACGAGCUGUGCAACGACGCGAGCGUCGUGGUUUUCGAGAGGAUGAGUGCUGCCAAGGAGCUGACCGCCAGUGUCGGUUCGGGCAUAUUGGAGAAUAUCAGGGUGGCGCUGGUCGAGAAGAUGACGAAGCUCUUCGACGGCAUGUCAGCGACGAAGGGUUACAAGGAGUACGACGAUAAGGCCAGCGCUGCCACGACCUUGGCCGAAGUUCUGGAGAUCUACAAUGAGGGCCUCAACGACGCCAACCCGAGCUGUUGGUGGGACGAGGCGGCCAACAUCGAGGCGUGUAAGGGUGAGCUGCUUGUUAAAGCAGGCGAUUUCAGAGUGAAGCUCGAUGCGAAGGGGGUGGCCGACGUCGAGAAGACGAUGAAAGCGGUGAAGGCAAUCGUAAUCGGCGCGGAGCUCUGCGAUGCUUUCGACAACAAGGAACUUGUCAAUAACAAGGUGCAGCUGCGCAGCAGGAUGACCGCCGUCCAGGGCAAGCUGCGCAAGGCCGAGGUGCAGCCGUCCGACCUCCCGCCACCGUUGACGGCCCGCUACGUCGAUGCGUUGAAGAUGAAGUAG